AAUAUAAAGAAGAUCAAACGACUUACAUAAAGCGCUAGGCCUCUGCUGUUUGGAGUGUACAAGCAGCUGCUCCUGCAAAACUCACAGCUUCACUUCGGAUUUAUAUCAAUUUUUCUCACACGUGCUUGGCAAUGGCUAAUCCACUUGCAGGAAAGGUUGCAAUAGUAACAGGAGCUACCAGAGGCAUUGGUAAAGGGAUUGCUCUCCAGCUGGCAAAGGCAGGGGCUGUGGUUUAUAUCACUGGCCGCACAUUGAAGCCAAGAUCAGAUCUACCAGGAUGUUCACUCGAAGAAGUGGCCAGAGAGAUAUCAGAGAACAGUGGACAGUGUAUACCAAUACAAUGUGAUCACAGUAAAGAUGAAGACAUUAAAGCUCUCUUUGACCGGGUUAAGGAGGAGCAGAAGGGAAAACUGGACAUCAUGGUCAACAAUGCUUAUUCUGCAGUAAAUGCUAUAGGAGAAGUUAUGGGAAAGCCAUUUUGGGAGCAACCAACAACCAUGUGGGACACUGUGAACAAUGUUGGACUUAGAAAUCACUACAUCUGCUCAGUAUAUGCCAGCCAAAUCAUGGUGCCAAGAAAAGAAGGACUUAUUGUGAAUAUUUCGUCUGCUGGAGGCUUGUCAUAUCUUUUCAAUGUGGCCUAUGGCAUUGGCAAGGAAGCGUGUGACCGUAUGGCAGCAGAUUGUGCGAUUGAGCUGCGAAAACAUAAAGUUGCCUUUGUCAGCUUGUGGCCAGGUGCUGUCCAGACGGAACAUAUUACCAAAAUGAUGGCCUCAGAAAAAGGAAAUGAUUUGAAACUGCCUGGAAUCAAACCUGAAGUUGUGAAGAAGAUUUUUGAAAAUGGGGAAACGCCUCAGUUUGCAGGGAUGUGCAUUGCCAAGCUGGCAUUAGAUCCAAAUAUCAUGCAGAAGACUGGGAAAGUGUUGAUGACAUCAGAUCUUGCUAAUGAAUAUGAUUUAACAGAUGUUAAUGGGAGAAAACCAUUGGGCAUGCGUUCUGUCAAGACCUUAUUGAAUUACAACGGGAACACUUGGCUUGCUGCUGUAGUGCCAAGGUUCCUCAAGGUGCCUCUUUGGAUGGUGGCCUUGAGAGGAAAGAAGUUGUGAAUAAUCAAACUAAAGACAGGAGCCUAGAUCAACACAUCACAUGUUUUGACAGCUUCCAUAGGGUACUGUAUGGCAUGGUAUUUAGCCUAGAUCCCCAGGGCACUCUAUCAUAUAUUUAGACAGAACCCACACGGGAGUCUGUUUAUAUAUUUAGACUAGAUUUAGACUAGAAUGGAAAGCUAAAAACCAUUGACUGGGCUUGUUUGACUCUAUUAAGUGUGAUGAUGUACUUGCCAGAAAGUUUUUAUUAUCCAAAGAAAAAUAUGGAAUCUUGCACUGCAAUAGCUACUCCAGCAAUGAUUGUAAUAUUAACAAGCAAAUUUAGGUCAGUUUCUUUGUUAUUUAUAAGUUGACACAAUGAGUAUUAGCCAUUUUGAUUUGCCAGUUGUGUGAUAUAAAAGGUUGACUUCAAACAUACUUUUAAAUAAGAAGCAUGUGAUGCUUAUUAUGUGAUACUUUGAUAUAUUUGACGUCACAUGUGUGAUAUUUUUAUCUUGAAAUCUUUCAAGUAAUUAAUUUUAUACAAAUAUCAUUAGUGUCUGAGUUAAAUAAGUAUUUUCUGAGUACCAUGUCAGUAUUGAAGAAUAUAUUGGUCAAACUACAGUAACUACAUUUCAAGAUGAAUCCAUAGUUGUCAACUUUAGUGAAGUAUUGGUCUGACACAUUAGCCAAGUCUUUGGUGAUAUACAGCGUAAAACAGAAGCAACAUUCCAUUUAUUACAAUAGAACUGAAACUGAUUUACAUAGGUCAGCAUUAGCUUAACUUUUGAUUGGAUUUGAAUUUGAUUAUGUACAUUUUUUUGUCCCAAAGUAGAAAAUUAUGCCAUGAAUGCCUAGUGAAAAAUCAAUCUGCGGCCCUGGUAUAUGUAAAGGGUAAAUCAAAUAUGUCAUUUGGAAAUUGGAUGUAUAUGCAUGAUGACUGUUUAUGUGUAUUAUAACAUAUUUUAAGAGAGGAAUGGGAGGACUUGAAAAGAAAGUUGAGAAUUUGAGAAAUGCACAAAUUUUAAACGAUCUGUUCAACAGCACAAUAAGGCAAUGAAUGUCAGAAAUGUACUUAAAUUGUUUAGUCUGGUUGUGAAAUUAAAUCUUGUAUGAAAUAAGA